CGAGACAAACGCGGGAGGGACUUGUUUCCAGGAAGCUCGUAACGUGACUGUGGGCCUAACGUUGCAGCUAACGCCACUUUAUUGCUUGUCAUUCACGCUGCUCUUUCUUUCCAGAAGUAAUUUUUCUGUUGUAGAAAGAUGGGCGAUGAUGACGAGAAGUAUGAUGGGAUGUUGCUCGUCAUGGCGCAGCAACACGAAGGAGGAGUUCAAGAGUUAGUAAACACAUUUUUCAGCUUUCUCCGUCGCAAAACAGAUUUCUUCAUCGGUGGCGACUCAGGUGCUGCAGAGAGUUUAGUGAAGGAUGCUUUUGCCCAUCACAGCAAGCUCGCACUGAAGGCCCAGAAUGAGAAGAAGGUGAAACAGGAGCAGGAAAAGAAAGAGAAAGCUGCACGAGCCGCAAAGCUAGCAGAGGAGGAGAGGAAAAAGAAAACGGAUGGUGGUCCUAGAAUUCAGGAGCUGACCGAUGAGGAAGCUGAGAAACUUCAGUCUGAACUUGACAAGAAAAAGAAAGAAGAAGCUAAGGUAGAAAGCUCAACAACCGAUAAGGAAAAGUCUGACAAGGCAGAGAAAGAGAAGGGGUCUGAUUCAGAAGAAGAGGAGGAUGAGAAGGACAAAGAUAAACUAAAACCUAAUGCAGGAAAUGGGGCUGACCUGCCAAACUAUAAGUGGACACAGACCCUGUCGGAGGUUGACUUGAUGGUGCCUUUCGAUGUGAAGUUCCGCAUUAAGGGCAGAGACGUGGUGGUGGACAUCCAGCGACGCUCCAUCAAGGUCGGUCUGAAGGGACACCCUCCUGUGGUUGAGGGCCAGCUGUACAAUGAAGUGAAAGUAGAAGAAAGUUCCUGGCUUAUUGACGAUGGAAAGGUGGUUACAGUCCACCUGGAAAAGAUUAACACAAUGGAAUGGUGGAAUAAAAUUGUCACCACAGAUCCAGAAAUCAACACCAAGAAAAUCUGUCCAGAGAACUCAAAGCUGUCAGACUUGGAUGGGGAGACCCGUGGCAUGGUAGAGAAGAUGAUGUAUGACCAAAGGCAGAAAUCAAUGGGCCUGCCUACAUCAGAAGAGCAAAAGAAACAAGACAUUCUUAAAAAGUUCAUGGCUCAGCACCCAGAGAUGGAUUUCUCCAAAGCCAAAUUCAGCUGAGGGUCGUGCUGGUGUUUACCUGUAGAAGCCACAUUAUAAUAAGUGUGAAUGUCAGCAGGAACAUUUCCAACCAACACUCUGCUCAGUCUCCGAUCUCCAUACUACACUGUUAUGUUGGCUACAUUCAGAAGCUCUUGUCUUUGUUUUGUUUUGUUUUGCUGGAACAAAAUGUUUAAGACUGUAAUUCCCACCCUUCCUGACUUUUGUCUGAAUAUUUAAAGAGGUCUGGAUUUUUUUUAAAUAAACAAAUUUAAAGUUAAA